AUGCCCCCUCUCUCACGCUUUCUCCUCCCCUUCAAAUAUGCCAAAGAGCGUUACGCAGGGCAUCCUCUGCGCCUCUCCAUUGCAGCCCUGAAGACCAUCCUACUGGCCCACGUCUUCUGGAAAUAUGGCUACGCAAUUGCUCCCCUACAAGGCCCCUCUAUGCUGCCCACUUUCGAAGUCACCGGCGAUUCCGUCAUUAUCUCAAGAUACUAUCGACGAGGGAGGGAGAUCAAGGUUGGGGAUGUGGUGUCGUUUGACUCGGUGGUCGAGCCGGGGGAGAGCGUGAUCAAGAGAGUUCUUGGACUGCAGGGGGAUUACGUUAUGAGGGAUACUCCGGGGACUACGGAAUCAAUGAUCCAGGUACCAGAAGGCCAUUGUUGGGUCAUUGGUGAUAAUCUACCAUGGUCCAGAGACUCGAGACAUUUUGGGCCAAUGCCACUGGCGUUAAUUAAAGGCAAGGUUAUUGCGAAAGUCUUGCCUUGGAGUGAAAGAAAGUGGAUAGAAAAUGGGCUGCAACCUGUAGAAAUUCGUAGGGCCUGA